GAAAAAGGAGAAAAAUGAAGGAAUUAUUUCUUUAUGUAGCAAAGUGAAUGGAGGAUCUUCAUGAUCCCAUUUAUUACAACAUUCCCCAAAGCUUAGAGGUGUCAGCUUAGAAUGAUAACGUGUGCCCCUCCACCUCCUUGUUGCCUUCGCAGUGUCUGUCAAAUGGAGGUUCAUGCAUUCCUCUCUGUGGAAGCUUCUUUUUAUCAUUAGGAUCAUACAUUGCAGAAUGUUUCUGCUUCUCUGUUACUCAAUUGCUUUCGUGCUUUAGCUGCAUGCCUGCUGAGCAUGUCGGUUAUCGUGGUGGCACAACAUUUCAUAAUUGUUUAAUCUUUUUGUACAUGAACUACUUCAAAUAUAAUUUCAUUUCUUGACUGUCUUCUUCCUCUGUCAUUCCCUUCUGUCUGGCUUUCUAUAGUCUGUAAUGGCUGAGGUGGUGCCCGAGGUGCUGGCGAGGAAAUGGCUGGGAUUUGGUGCGAGCAUCUGGGUUCAGGCAUUUGCAGGGAACACAUAUGCCUUUCCAAACUAUUCACCCACGUUGAAGAAGAUUAUGCAGUACAAUCAAUUGCAGUUGAAUAAUCUUGGGGUGGCCAAGGAUCUGGGUGAAAAUGUGGGGCUGAUUGCAGGGCUUGUUUGUGAUAAAUUGCCACCUUGGGUUCUGCUUUCCAUUGGAGCUUUCAAUGGUUUGGUUGGUUAUGGAGUGCUGUGGCUGGCUGCUACUGCAAGAAUUCCUCCUCUGCCUUAUUGGCAAAUGUGUGUGGCAUUGAGCAUAGGAGCAAACAGCUCAACAUGGUUUAACACUGCAGUGCUGUUGACAUCCAUGAGAAAUUUCCCCCACAGCAGGGGCACUGUUGUGGGCAUCCUCAAGGGCUUUGUGGGUCUGAGCGGGGCUAUUUUUGCUCAGCUGUCAACAGCGAUAUUUCCAGACAAUCCAAUCAUGGUUCUUUUUCUGCUGGCAAUGGCACCAACCCUUGUCUCUCUAGUUGCUAUGCAUUGUAUUGUACCAGUUAAACCCACAGUUGGUUGCAGGGAUGAUCCAAAGGAGCAUGAACAUUUUGUAUUCAUUAUAUAUACUUGCAUUGGCCUCGCAAUUUACAUUCUCGGGGCCACAAUUGUGGAUAAUUUUGUGUCCCUGAGGGGACAUUUCACCUCCAAGGUCAUUGCAGGGGUAAUUUUGAUUUUCUUGGCAGUACCUCUUCUAAUACCUUUCAGAAUAUAUGUGGAUAGUCUUAUGAAAUUAAACAAAAGGACAAUUUCAACCAAUAUGGGAGAUCCUGCAAAUGAGCCACUUUUGAAGGUGGAAAGACUAAGACGAGAUGUUGAAAGCAACAGCCUUGAAGAUGUGGCCUCUCCAUCUGGAGGCCGAGAUGCCGAGGAAAGCUUGUUUGCAGUGGCCUAUGGAGCUGUCAGGAAGCUGAAAAGGGGUCCAAGAAGAGGCCAAGACUUUAAGCUAAAGCAAGCUCUGGUGAAAGCUGAUUUCUGGUUGUUGUUCUUCUCCUUUUUCUGUGGGGUUGGGUCUGGUGUGACGGCUAUUAAUAAUAUGGGCCAACUUGGCGAGGCCCAGGGCUACUCGGAUGUUUCAAUGUUCAUUUCCCUUAUUGGAGUCUGGAACUUCCUUGGGCGCCUAGGUGGUGGAGCUCUGUCUGAAUUUUUCGUCAGGGCGAAGGGAAUUCCAAGGCCCAUAUGGAUGGCCAUUGCCCAAGCACUAAUGAUAAUAGCCCACCUACUCUUUGCAUCUGCAGUUCCAGGAUCACUGCAUGUGGGUUCUGCAAUCCUAGGCAUUUGCUAUGGAGUACAGUUCACGGUGAUGGUACCCACAGCAUCAGAACUAUUUGGGCUGAAGCAUUUUGGCAUAAUUUACAAUUUCAUAACAUUGGGAGACCCUCUUGGUUCCUGCUUGUUUUCUGGGUGGCUAGCUGGAUCUCUUUAUGAUAGGGAGGCAGAGAGACAACGGGAAUGGACCACAGAGAGGUCUUCUAGUUCUAUUACUUUGCCUCGUAGAACCAUAUGGGAUAUACUGAUUUCACAAGGACAGGGUGCCCAGUGCAGAGGAGCACAUUGCUUCAGGCUAACAUUUUUCAUAAUGGCAGGUGUAUGCGUUGUGGGUGUGAUUAGCAGCAUCAUAUUAAGCUACAGAAUUAGGCCAGUUUAUCUUACGUUGUAUGAGGCUCGAGAGGCUUCCCAUUCUAAAUCCAGAGAUGGUCAAGCCCGGGACAGUCAAAUCUGAGUCAGCAGUACUGAUGUUAAAUAUACACAAAAGUUAUUAGAGGUUUUAAGUUAUAUUUCAAAAUAUAUAAUAAUAGUUCAUAAUGUAUAAUAUUAUUGUCCGUAGGUUGAAUUUACAGAUCAGAUCUGCGGGAAGAAUUUCUGGAUCUAAUUGAGCAGUUGUGUCGGAAGUGAAAUUUGUGAGCUGGAUCAAAUUGCAAAGUAUCAGUAUAUUUCUUUUGCAAUAAUGAGUGGAUUUUGACUGUCGAGAAGAAAAGCCCAUGUAUGAUGUUGAAGAAAUCACAUAUUGUAUUCUGGAUAUAUAUAUAUAUAUAUAUAUAUGACAUCUGGUCCUGUUUUAAUGGA